AUGGCUUGGUCGUGGACCUACCUCUGGGGAUUAUGGUUUCUGAUUGUAUUUGCGCUUGUUUACAUGAUGCGAGGGCCACUAAAAAUUAUGGAGCUUAUAGAAAGUCUAUUGGCGGCAUCGUCGUAUUUUAGCAAUUUAACUCCGAAGUUCUAUGUAGCGUUAACUGGGACUUCAAGCCUAGUAUCUGGCGUCAUACUUAUUUUUGAAUGGUGGUAUUUUAAACACAACUCAACAACUAGCAGGCCUGCAAGUGAAGAUGGUAGCGAUAGCGAGCUUUUGAAUGAUGACUUAAAUAGCACUACGGUUCCAGAGUGCAAGGUUUGGCGCAAUCCCACAGCCUUACUUAGAGGUGCUGAGUACCAAAGAUUUAAAAACAAAACCGGGAAAGAUCCCCUUACUUUUUAUGAUAUGAAUUUAUCUGCUCAAGACCAUCAGAAUUUCUUCUCAUGCGAGUCAGACAUUGGUCAAAAGGAUUAUGAAAUGAUGCAAAUCGCAUGGCGAGAGAGGGACAGCUAUUCUCGUAUAAAUGCUGCCUACAAAGCGUUGGAAAUAAAUCCUGAAUGUGCUCCGGCGCUUAUUUUAUUAGCUGAAGAAAAAUGCGAGACAGUCGAAGAUGCUGAGCGAACGUUCAAACGUGCGCUGAAGAUUACUGAAGCGAAUUAUAGAAAAGUGCAGUCCCAGCUACAUUAUGAUCCCGCGUCGGAUCCUAGUCAUCGUAGAGAUGUUAAUUUAUUAGUCUUUGUUCGUAGACGUUUAGCUAUGUGUGCUCGAAGACAUGGCAGAUUACGAGAAGCAGUUAAAAUGAUGCGAGAUCUGAUAAAAGAAUUCCCAAUGAUGAACGUCAUGAAUAUACAUGAAAAUCUUAUUGAAGUUUUAUUGGAACAACAAGCCUAUGCGGACGCACAGACGAUUUUAGCUAAAUAUGAUGAUAUUAGUUUGCCAAAGUCUGCCACAAUAUGUUUCACUUCCGCGCUACUAAAAGUUCGAACAGUGGCUGACAAGUUUACUCCUGAUUUUGUGCAGCGAAGAGGUUUGAGCGCUGCAGAACUCAGCGCGGUUGAAGCUAUACAUCGUGCUGUUGAAUUUAAUCCACAUGUUCCUCAAUAUUUGUUAGAGUUGAAACCGUUAAUUUUACCCCCGGAACACUUGCUAAAGCGUGGGGAUUCUGAGGCAGUUGCUUACGCUUUUUGGCAUUUACAACAUUGGAAGCGUAUCGAAGGAGCUUUACCACUACUUCAGUGCACUUGGGAAGGAAAAAGUUGUAAAGAAAUGUCAAGAAGUUUAUUUUCAGCUUUUCGCAUGAUUCCAAAACCUCUAGAAAAGGGCCACCUGUUCUAUCCGUACCCUGCAUGUACAGAAGCAGCGGAUAGGGAGUUGUUACCUAGUUGGCAUGAAGUAUCUGUCUACCCGAAAAGAGAUAUGCCAGUUUUAAAAAUUUUCGCUGCGUUAACAUUUUUAACGACGGCAUUUUUAGCUCUUGCUGCGCACUUAUAUCCUAAGGAAGUUUUGGAAGUCUUAACUUUUGUUGGUGAAGCACUGGCGACUGGAGUGAAGAAACUGCAAGAUUUCAUUCCAGAUAACAUCCUUAAUCUAAUUGCUUCAAGACCGGUCUUGCCUCCCACUAAUGAACCAGUUCACUGA